CGACUGACGAGUCCUCGUAUGAUAGUCAGCACCCCCCAAGAGGUCAUAGUCGUCGACGAGGGCAUUUCCGACCUGGACGACAUCUUGCGACAAGCCGAUGUAGCUGCCCUCCAACACUUGAACAUUUCGUUCAACCGCGUGGGGCGGCUCGAUGGCCUGCAACGAGCCACGAGCUUAGAACUGCUCAACGUCAACCACAACCUAUUGCAAUCCGUUGACGGCAUCGAAACGUUGACCGCGCUGUGUGUGUUGAAAGCUUCCCACAACAAGUUGAGCUCGCUGGAAUGGGUGGGGGCGCUGUCGCACCUGUCGGAGCUGUGGAUCUCGCACAACAAGAUCGACCUCCCACAACUCAAGGAGCUCAAACCACUCACAAAGCUACACACAUUGUUGAUCGAGGCCAACCCUUGUUGCAAGGAGCCUUCAUACAAGAUGGUUGUGGUGGACUUGGUGCCUUCACUGCAUCGACUGGACACGACUGUCGUGUCGGACGAUAUGCGAACGAGAGCCACUGCCUUUCGAAACUCACACGAAGGCAAAGCUUUGGCCAAGGACAUCCUUCAGCGCCCCCCUCCUCGUGUAAAGGACAUGGAGCCUUUAAAGGCUAAACCGAAAAGUGCUGCAGCUACCCUUCCCACUGGAUUAAAGCGUCCAGCCUCGGAGAAAAAUCAGCAUCCCAAUGAUGCACAAAACCUCCAAGCCGUUCAACCUCAGACUCCACGGGCAACCACAUCUUCGGCGCCAGUAUCGACGAAGGCGAAAACAUCCAGUCUCGAGGACUAUUUGCUAUCGUUCCCCGUGCAAGAGUAUAUUCCGACCGCCGAAGUUUCGACUGUGUCGAUUGCAGAUGCCAUCAGUGGACUGCCUACGUUUGGUGAUCGGCAUCCUUCAAAGGAAGCCCCUACCGCGUCGAAGGCUAAAUCUGCCGAGAAAACCACCAAACCUACCAAUCGUGCGGCUAAAAAAGUAGGCGUACCUGUCAAUGCAGCUGCCAUGCCAAGCCAGCUAUUGCCGGCCACAAGCCCCCGUACAAAUAUUGAGGACUCGCCCGUGACAAGCAACAACAAUGGCGAUGACGACGACGACGACGUUCUAGACAUGGAACAGUACACCCGCCCACAUCCCCCCUCUCGAUCCGCAUGCAUGAACCCCCCUCCACUCACAGCCACCACCCCCCCUGAGGUGCCACGUCAUGUGAAAUCGAAUCCUUCCGAACUCGUGGUCAAGUACACCGGGUCGAACGUGGCCGCUGUGACCGUCCGCAUGGACGGGUCGGCGCAGUGUCGAUGGCCCAACAAUGCGAUCGCCAUUACGGUGGACAAGGAGCCCAAGGGGGGCUAUCGGGUGUUUGGCACGUUCAAAGAUGGCAACGUGGCGCUCAGUUUCGACGGCCACGGGGUGGGCUUCGUCAACUACGCGUCGGGGAAGACGAUGCUGUCGACCACGUCCGCGGGGGAUGGCUUGCUCAUGAACGCCCAAAAUGGAGGCAUCGAACGGCAGUGGGCCAGAGGAGAUCCGCCCUGGUCCAACGAUAUUGCCGCAAAACUGACGGAGCACCUGGGCGUGUCCGUGUCCCUAGAUGCCAAUCACGAAUACGCCAUUCGCCUGUACUUUGCCAGCAACGGCCUCCGCCAUGUGUUUGUGAACGGGUUCAACGACGCCGUGGUCUGUGACACUGUCACGUGUGACGGGAUGUUUGGCAAACCAUUGGCCCCCGUCAAGAAGAAACCGCCUCCUCCCAAGCUCAAGCACGUCGACCUCGUCUCAGCUAUCCAGAGGUGCACGUCCCAACUCUAACUAACGCUAUUGUUUAGUCGUUGUUGAACGAACUCCACACACAAUACGUACUGUACGACGACGAGACUUCACUUAACUAGUAAGC